AUUGUUUGGCGCUGUCGGAACUGAAGUAUUGCGUGUACUACUAGAGAGGUGUGGUGUUUUUGCUGUGAAUUUCUGUUAUUAGACAAUAAAGACCAUCGGAUUUUCGUGCUGUGAAUUUCGCAAUGUCUUCGGGGAGACCAAUUAAAUGUGUUGUGGUCGGAGACGGAACGGUGGGAAAAACGUGUAUGCUGAUAUCUUAUACAACAGACAGCUUUCCUGGAGAAUACGUGCCCACCGUGUUUGAUAACUAUUCUGCACCUAUGGUUGUGGAUGGUAUUCCAGUCAGUUUAGGAUUAUGGGACACUGCUGGCCAAGAAGAUUAUGACAGAUUGAGGCCAUUAUCUUAUCCUCAGACAGACGUAUUUUUAAUUUGCUUUAGUGUGACAAGUCCUUCUUCCUUUGAGAAUGUCACUUCAAAAUGGUACCCAGAGAUAAAACACCACUGUCCAGAUGCACCAAUGAUAUUAGUUGGAACCAAAAUUGAUCUCCGUGAUGAUCGUGAAACUCUGACAGCUCUUGCAGAGCAGGGCCUGUCACCUAUUAAGAGGGAACAGGGACAGAAAUUAGCAAAUAAGAUCAGAGCAGUAAAAUACAUGGAAUGCUCAGCUCUAACGCAGCGUGGACUCAAACAGGUAUUUGAUGAGGCAGUCCGUGCUGUAUUACGACCAGAACCUCAGAAAAGACGCCAAAGAAAAUGUGCUAUACUGUAAAAAUUAAGAACAAAAGAACUAUAUAUACAGAAGUGUGUAACUCGAUUACACUUAACGCUGCAAAAAAACUCUACAUGAACUUCCUGGAUGGUGUUUGCAGGAAAGAAAGAAAAGAGAGACUGUAAAAUUGUAAUUAUUUAAAAAUAACAUUUCAUAGCUAUUUAAAAUGUCUGAAUGAAGACUUUUAUGCAAUUUUGCAUUGUUCACGAACAUUCUAAAAUUUGUUCUUCCUUUCAAAAAUAAUAUUGCCUAUGUGUUAAUAUUGUCUUGUAGUUUAAGAUUAAAAGAAUCUGUACUUGUAAAAUAUUCACUUAAAUAUAUAUUUCAAUUAGGUGAUGAUUACAAUUAAAAGCCUUUGAGUUUUCAUCAGACUGUUAAAAACCAAACAGUUUUCUACAGUACUCAUUUAGAACAGAGUAUGUAAUUGUCAAAUUCAAAUCAUUUCCCUUAAAGACUUUAAAUGUGAUAGAAAAUAUAAAUAUGUGGAGUGAGUUCAGUGAACACUGACUCAAAAAGUCACAUGGUGAUUUAGUGGCAGUUGGUGUAUGUAAAAUGGAGGUUGAAUUCUUUUGCAUUGAUCUGUUUUUCAGUCACUGAAGUCUGCCACUGGAAGACUGCCUCUUCAUCCAGCACCUGCAUUUUAAAAAUAUGUGAAGAGUAUGACUGAAUUAUAUGACCAGUGGGACAAAAAAACCAUUGUGUUCAGAAACAACUUUUUGGUUUAUACAAGUGAUUUGUAUUUGCAAAACUUGAACUGCUUAGACUAAAGUUUUAUUUUUGCUGUUUUACAGGGUGAUCUUCUCUGUAGCUCAGGAAUUUUAAAGUGAAUGUAAUACUUAUAGGUUAGUGAAAACUGUUUGAAACGCAAAACUACAAGCUUUGCAUGUUCAUUAAUUCUCUCUCUUUUUUUUUUUUUUUUUGGUGCUCUAUUCCUUUUUGUAUGGGUGAAGAAGAGUGAUGCAUAGCUGUUACAAGGAGUAGUAAAUCAUUAUUUACAUAAAUGAAUUACUGUGCCUCACACCAGCAUCAAGAUUGUGACAAAUAAAUUUCCACAAUAACUUGUGUAAUGUUUCAACUACUACUUUAAAUUAGAUGAUUGAUUGAAGUCAGUAUUUAAGUGAUAGGUGAUCACUGCUGUUGUAUAGUUACAGAAAUUUUGUAAAGAAAAUGUGUUUGAUAUGCCACUGGCAGUUCUUUCCUCCGAUUACAGUAAGUUCUUUGUGAACCAGAUGUCAUUGUUUUCAUGAUGGAUCACUCUUUUGGAUGGCUUACAUUACAGAUUAGAUUAUCAUCAUGAAAGUCGUAUUUUCUCUUACUAAGCUUGUUAAUUGCAGAUAAGAGUGACAAUAGAUCUCACAGUUUUUAUUCUCUUUAAACCCUUUGCAUGAGAUGUUCAAUAAUAAAUUUCUCAGUUCCAUUUUUACGCAAUGGGACUUGAUGUUUACCACUGUUUGCCGUCCGUGAUCACUGUACCUAAUUUGGCACCCAAAUUGAUUAGAGUACACAUUAUUUCAAAUAAUCUUUUCAUAUGAUGGAAAUUUCUAUUGUAAAUCGUAUAUCACAUUGGCAUUUGGGAGUUUUGUCACACAAUAUGUGACGCUGUGGCCAGUGCAAUAGAAACAUUAGCAGAAUCUCACUUCAUGUAUUGUCUUCAUGAUAAUUGUCUGUGUCAUGUCUCAAUAUCUUUGUUUCUUACUUUUUGAAGUCUGAAUCAUAUUGUCAAAUUAUUGAAGAAAUUCGCGCAACAUCAAAGAUGGAAGGAGUAGAGGAACAUAUGUGACCUCUUUUCAUGAAGUCAUUAUAGUAGGUCUUCUAAAGUUUAGGAACAGAAACAGUGUGGCAAUGAAAGUAUUCUAAGAAAUUUUAUGUGCCUAAUGUUUUGAAUUUCUUUACUUUUGUUAUUGAAGAUGUCAUUGUUGAAGUAGUAAAGAAAACCUUGUGGCUGAAUUAUUAUUGUAUUGUAGUUAUUGAAGACAAAGAUCUGUAACUAUUUGUAGUGUCAUACCUUUGUAUAAAUAAAGAUGAAUCUCCUUGUGUAUGCCGCAGUAGCGUAAAUUCAUCAAAAAUAUUUUUCAGUAAUGUUUUUACAAUUACUUUUGAAACAGUAGUGAUCAUGUAUUACGUUGUGUAUAGCACUAUUUAAACUCUAAUGGGUGAUCAACAUCAGAACAAAAAGUAUUAUGAAAUAUUUGGAAUGUGUAAGAAUGUUUGUGAUCAUGUAUGGACAGUUACCUUCAUUAUAUGUGCUGCUAAAAAAACUUUUCUUUUCAUAUUGAUGCUUGUUUUUUGGUAAACUUUUCCAGUAAAAAAAUUAUGCUCUGUUCAUUCUUUUAACACAAAUUUGGGAUAUCACUCAUGUUAACUUUUUGUGAACAACAAAUAUAAAUCUAAAUGUAAAAGUGAUCUUGCAGGUUAUAUGCAGAAAUGAAAACUAAAUUCUCAGGUCUUGGAAUGAAGGCCCCUUUCAUUCAAAAUGAAAUUUUUGAAUAAAAUUCCUACAUAGUUUCUUUCCAUUUUGUUUCCUGUAUGAUGAUUUUUAUGAAAUAAAAUGUCAUUCAGUAUAUUUCAAGUUCCCAAAAUCUUGUUGCAGUUUCAACAAUGCUUAACUUCCUUGAAUACAAAAUAGAAAAAAAAUGUAUGGAAGAAAUCCAUUGUAUGGAUUUCCUUUUACAUGGCUCUCUGAUUUUUGUGAGCUUUUUGUGUCAUGUUAAUUAUAUAUAUGUAUGUCACACACAGAUUUUUUUUUUUUCGUUUAUCAUUAAGUAAAAAGUAAACAAUGGAAAGUUCAUGUAUAGGGUAAGAAUAAUAAUAAUGGUAAGGAUAGAUUGCAGCUUACCACUUAGAGGAGAUGUUGAUUUGCAGACAGGCGCAAGAAUACUAGGAAAAUUUAAUCUUUUCGGCAAAGUCCUUCCUCAGAAGCAGAAUUCUCACACAUUCAAGAAGCAGCAGCAGCAGCAGCAACAAGAACAACUAACAAGUGCUGCUCGAGAGAAUGUGGAGAUACAUGGAGGGGAGGUAUAGCAUUUGCUGGGGUUGGAGUGGGAGAGGAGAAAAGGGAAGAAAGUAGAAAAGAGGAAAGGACUUGUAGGCACAUUGGUAGGAUAGAAAGUGAGUGCGUGUACUGUAGCAGGAGUAGGAAAGGGGAUAGGGAGGUGGAGGACAGGGACAGCCAAGGUUGAAGCUGUGGGGGCUACGGGAACAAACGAUACGUUGUAAGGAUAUUUUUCACCUGCGCAAUUUAGAAAAGCUGGUGUUGAUGGGAAAAACCCAGAUGCACAGGCUUUGAAACAGUCAUUAGUGACUAGCAUCUUCCCCCCAUCCCUACCCUGCUAUUGCCCCACAACCCUUCCUUACUUGCACCACCCCCCUAGCAGAUUGCUACUUACAUCAGAUGCAGUUGUAGCUGGGCCCUAGUGGCCAGAGACAGUACCACGUGUCUGAAUAGUUGAGUGAAUGUCAAGAAUUCUACUUCUGGGGCAGGACUUCGUCCAAAAGCGUAAAUGUUUUUAGUAUUCUUUUCACUGUGCCUGUGUGCAACUCAACAACGCCUCAUCUAUGUGGUAAGCAGCACUCUGUCUUUUCCAUUGUUAUUGUAACAAGCAAAUUAUUCACUGUCCAUGGAUUGUGAAACUGUUAAUAUGUAAAAUAUAAAUAAUGUUUGAAAGGUGCAUCAGUGUGCUGUUCUUAAACAGCUAAGUUUUGUGUUCAGGUGGUAGGAGUGUUACUGCUGAAAUAUAUAAAGUGAAGAAGGGAUACAGUGCACCUUAUCUCAUAAAUAAUGUGGCUAACAAGGUCUGAUGUGAAAAAGUCUCAAGUUUCAUGGAACAUCUUGUUGUGCAUAACAACUAGGUUUUGAAUUUACAUUGUUUCUGCCAUGACAACCUCCCAACGACUGUAUCUCUCCAGUUUGUGAGAACUUGUUGUGAGACACGAUUUUAGCCCACUCUGCUUAGAUAUACUUUAUUAAUAUUGAGUAAACUUUCAUGCUGUGACUGUCUUUUCUGAGACUUGUUUGUUAAUACUUUUCAUAUUUCUGUUUUAUAGUACACAUUACAAAUUUAUUAGUACAAAGUGCAUGUAAAGAUGUUUGUAUUGUCAUUCUCCGUUGAGUCUUGCCAGAUUGCAAAUCUUGUGAUUUUCAUGCUCAUGAGCCAUUCUUGUUGCUAUCCAUAAUCACAAAUUGACAUUAGCUACAAUAUGUCCAUCUCAUGAAAGGAAUGGUCUCAGUAUCAUUUAAGUCUUUUAAGUUACAUCAUGUAAUUCACAUAAACUGUUUUUGAAGACUUGUCAACAUUACUCCUCAUGUCUGCUGUCUCUACGCCAUUCUGUUGUUAUUGAAUACCAUUAUGUUAUUCUGUGAGAGAUGUAUUGAAUUAUAUAUCAUACAUUUGAAACUGUGUAUUGUAGCUUGCUUGUUGUAAGAAAAUUCUGUUCAUUUCCCUAUUGCAAAUGGUGCAGAAUGCUGUUAUGAAGUAGGUUAUGGUGUAUAUUUGAUACUGUUUCUUACCUUUCCUAACAUAACUAUUGGGGACAUAAAUGUGUGUGUAGUUUUUUUUUCCAUGCAACAUUGUAAUUUUUGUAUACAAGAAACCAGAACUAUAACAUAAUCUGGAGGUGCUCUGUUUCGUGCAUUAGCAGGGUAAUUGACAAUUCCAUUUGUGCUGUAGUUUAUGUGGACUCUGUCUUUAAUAAUAGCAUUUGUGUUUUUGAGUACUUGUGGCCUUAAAAAAGAACUCAAUGCAUUUAUCCAAGUGUACAUGACACUGAGCAAAAAUAUUGAUUUUAGUAUUAUAAUCCACCUAGGCAAGAAUGAAGCAAGAAAGUAUUUGAUCUUACUUCAUGAACAUUAUAUUCUCGGGCAGCUGUCUUGAAUCAGUAAUAAGAGUACUAAAAGUGUGCUUGUUACUAAUACAGAAAUAAUUCUUGAGGUGUAAGCAAAACUCUGGAAAAUGUUCAAAAAGGGCUACCUAAAAAUUGAGAAUAUUACCAGGAAAUUUAAGCCUGUCAUGUGACUGAUUCUGUGUUUUCAUUGCCUUACGAAAGCAUUUACAUAAACUCUUGAAACGCUUUGUGCCAUAGGGCAUAUAAAAAAAUGUCAUUUGUAGUAGAUAAUUCAUCUGCAAACACCUGUGUACUUCAGAACACACUUAAUAUUGAGAUUAUGGAACAGAUAUUGUCAUUCUUAUAAAAAACUGUUUUUGUGUUUUCUUUGCACUAAUAUCUUGGCAUAUUUGUUGAAAUUUAUGCUAAAAUCUUGGCUAUUGUAAUAACAGUGCUAUUUAACCAAAGUCGUAAUGCCAGACAUGGUUGCUGGUGCAUUUUUAAUAUUCUAGUCAGAGAUAAUUUGCAAGAUAUAUUCUGUAGUGAUAUUUAUCUAGUUUGUGAUUUUUUUAAAAGAGGGAGUUGUUUUAAGGUUUGUCAUACUAUAUUAAUAUUUUUUUAUUAUUUAAGUUUCGGCUUUCAUUAUGUAGUGUUUUGUACUCAAGGCCAGAAGAAGAAAGUGAUGAAUGUUGUACAUUUACUUUCAUAAAUUUUAUAUGAAACCUUGAGAUAAUAGUUAUUUGUCUGACAAAUUUAUAACAUACAACUGUUUUAGUUUGUGAUGUGUUAAAGCAAAAAGAACUAGCAGUCACAAAGCAGCACAAAGUGUAAUUAUUUUCUUUGUAAUUGUAUGUGUAUGUAAACAAAAAAAAAUAGUUACAGCACAAAAUUUAAUUAGACUGAAGGGCCAUUGUUUUUGUUUGUGAUGACUUUACUUCUUAGUGGAUGAUGUUUUUAUGGAGAAUAGAAAAUCUGUUUCAGUGUAUAAUAUCUUAAAUAUUAAAAUUUGCCAGCUCUGUUCCAAAAUACAUUGAGAGAGGGAGAAAAGAGCAUUUAAACUCAAUUGUAUGGAGAAGUAACCAUUCAUUUUGUUCAGCAAGUGACACAGUUUGACAGAUGUUGGGCCUCAUCGUGGAGUUAAGACAUUUUCUUUAUGUCAGUAGCUCAUAUUAUCUGUAAUUGUAUGUUAUUGACCAAGUGUUUCCAGUUUCCAGUUGGUGGUGGUGCACUAAUGUUUGUGAAUGUCUGUAAAAAGUGUCCCUUAAACUAAUAUGUAUUUCAGAAUAUUGAAAUUUGAGGAGUAUAAAGACAGAAUUUGGCCCUGGCACUCAACUUACUUCUGUUAAUUGUUUCUGAGCCUUGUGUGGUUCAUUCUGAAUGGAGCAAAGGACCCCCAUGUGCAUGAACCAAGCUUAUUCUUUCACUUUAAUAUGAGAGGAUUAUUUCAUAACUAAAAUAAUAGUAAAUUCAGACAUCUAAUCCUUUCCAUUGUAGUGUUUGUGGUUAAUGUGCUUCUUGCUUAAUUUAAAAACAAAUUUGACUGCUCACUCAAGUGGUCUGAACAUUGCCUGUUUGACUAUUAUUCUGUGGUAUCUAGAAUCAAAUUGAUCUGUUAAUUUAUGGCUGCCUUUCUGUUCUUAUUGUACACUGUAAAUAUGCUAUAGAGAAUUUUGUAAUACAUAUAUCCUGAUCCCAGUUGACAUGUGUUUGCAGUAAUUUAAUAUGAAUCUGAAGGACAGGAAAAAUGCCAAGAAUACUUUACAGCUAAAAUCACUCCAUUUUCUGUUAUUGGGAAUAAAAUCUUUGUUCUUUAUAUGGGAACAUAAAAUGUCAGUUCUUCAAUUAUCAGGGGUAUUUAAAUUUUCAAAUAUAUUUCCCAGUAAAAUAGACAGCAUCACAGUUGCUGCCUCAUGUUCUAUUUGCUAUCCCAAUUAGAUGGAGUUUGAAUUUUCAUUCGUCAGUAAAUGAUGGUCUGCCAGUUGCAACUAGCAUAUUUUUAUAAUUCCUUUCUGUUGCCUUUGCAUUGAGGUGUAACAUUACUCUUUUUGUGUUAUCAACUAUAUAAUUGCUACAAUAAUCAGUUCUAUAAUGCUGUUAAUUUUUGAGUGAAGAUGAAGAUCAAACUAUUUUCCUUCGCAUGCAUCAAAUGGAAACUGGAUAUAGACAUUAUUGUCCCCUUUGCGAUAAACCCUGUUUUUUCCUUAUAGUUAAUUCAUGUCCUGAAAGUGUCACAGACAUAGACAAUGGCUCUGUGGAAUACCUAUGUAGAAAAUAUAAGUCCUCUCAGUUAAACUUUUCAGAUGUUGUUUCUCUGAAAGUAAAAUGACUGUUCUGAGUCAUCACUGAUAUUAUAUAUAUAUGUAUAUUAAGUUUUGCCAAAUUAUUUUGUAUGAUUAAGAAAUAAAAUUUAAAAAGUUAUA